UCCUUGCAGCAGAGCCUCUGGAGACUGCCGAGAAAACAGAUCUCCGCCGGAAAAGGAUUCCUGGCAGGGGACGACUCCGAUGUAUGGACCGAAAGAUCCGGGGCACGCGGUAUCACCACCGACGGUACGGUACGGUACCCGGGGAUCCUGCCAGCCUUUCUUGGAUGAUGCUGUAAUCCUUCACCUCUCUAUAACUACACAGUACUUCGUGCCUCCACUUCAUUCAGGAAGAUAUCGACAUCGAUCCACCUCACAAGAAACCGGGCAUGAUCGGCAGUGGGUGAUUGCAGCAUCAAUGCGCACCACUCCCCUUCAGAUCCAACAGUAACCACCCGCCACUAAACCACCCCCCAAUCAACCGCAUGAUCCACUCUCAAGCUCCAGCUCCAACUCCAGCUCUCCAACGUCAACGUCCACGUCUACGUCUCCAACCCUGGAGCUAACCCUAUCCACAACCCCGCGGUCACGCUAUCCAACCUAGCUGCGCAGCAUUCAUGAGCGAGCUGCAAAAAUCCUUUGCCAAGUCCAGACUGGCCAAGCUGCCACUCCAACCGCCCGCCGGCCCGUCAAUGCAACCCCUCGACGAGGAGGCCAGUCACGACGAUGACUCCUCCUCCGCCUCGUCCACGGGGACGGUGGUCCCCUCACCGAGCAGACAAUUAUUCGCAAGGCCCGGUCGGGGAUCUUUGCAACCAACAACACUCCCAUGGACAGACUUCUUCACCCAAGAACUCUACCUCACACAAAUAGACAUAACUAACAACAUCAAAACCACCCAUCAUGUCUACCUCACGCCCCCCGUAGAUCCAACCAGUCCCCUCUUCGUCAUGCACCACGGCGCCGGCUCAUCUGGGCUCUCCUUUGCAGCCUGCGCUGAAGAGAUCCGCAAGAUCGUCCCCAAAGCCGGCAUUUUGUCCGUAGAUGCUCGCGAUCAUGGCAGUACGGCGGUGACCACUGCGUCCGGCGAGGAGACACACAUCGAGCUGGAUCUCAGUCUCGACACUUUGAACCGAGACCUGGUGUUUGUGAUCCGCGAGACACAAUCCCAGAUGGGCUGGGAGAGUCUCCCAGAUCUGAUCCUCGUAGGCCAUAGUUUGGGUGGUGCGGUGAUUACGGAUGUUGCCAGGAAGGGUGAGUUGGGGGGGAAGGUGUUGGCGUAUGCUGUUUUGGAUGUUGUCGAGGGAUCCGCCAUGGACGCCCUACAGAGCAUGGAAACAUAUCUCUCCACCCGCCCAUCCCGCUUCCCAUCCAUCACAUCGGGAAUAGAAUGGCACACCCGCUCCCGCACAAUCCGCAACAAAACCUCCGCGCGGGUGUCCGUUCCCUCUCUCCUCUACGAGGACCCUAAUCCCCCCGACCCCACCAAACCCUGGAUCUGGCGCACCAACCUCUCCGAGACAAAGCCCUUCUGGGAGAACUGGUUCGUCGGACUCAGCCGCAAGUUCCUCGAAGCUCGCGGCGGCAAAUUACUUCUUUUGGCGGGAACAGAUCGACUAGAUAAAGAGUUGAUGAUUGGACAGAUGCAGGGAAAAUAUCAACUCCAAGUCCUGCCCGAAGCAGGCCACUUCAUUCAGGAAGACCAACCGGCCAAGACGGCCCAGAUUUUGGUGGACUUUUAUAGACGAAACGAUCGGAGUGCGUUGGUUCUGCCACCCAAGGUGGCCGAUAUGCAGGCUUCGGCGGCGAUGAAGAAGGGUGCUGGGGGGUUUGGAGGUCCGUUCAAGAAGGUGUAAGUACUAAGCACUAAGUAAAUAUUAGAUAGAAGAUUGAGCCUGGGUCGGAUGGAUAUACAUACUAGGUAUAGAUAGAUCGGCAGGCAGGCUUAUUCUACUUUGUACAGUG